CGGCGCGAGUGGCACCACCUCUACGACUUUCGCGUCAUUUCCGGCGUCACCCUCCUCACCCCCCCGACCCCUCCCGACAACAUGGCCGCGGGCGUGCAGGAGUCCCCCGCCUGAGCCUCGCGCUUCUCCCGGCUCCUCCGCUUGCUGCAGACUUCUCUGCCGUCGUCGUCUGCCGCCGCCGCCCCAAGUGCGGGCAUGGAGGCGCAGCCUCCCGCGGUGGCCAUGGCGUUCGAGGAGCACGGGUUGGACAGUCUGGACCCGAGCCUCGCUUCGUCGAAUGAGUUCGACAACGUCCUGCUCAGCGAAAUCGACGAGAUGCUGCAAUACAUCAACACCCAGGAUGGUGACUUCCCUGGGCUGUUUGAUGGACAAUUAUCCACAAAUGGUGGCUCGGAUACUAAAGGCUCCGUGCAGCCCCGCUUGACCAUGGAGAGCACCUUCUCACAGCCCAUGGCCCGCCAAGCCCAGCAGCAACCAGUGGGAUUGCAUCACCACAGCACCCAGCAAGCACAGCCCACGGGAGUGGUGCAGCCUUCACCUGCUUCUACACACACGGCUCCCACUUCACAUAAGCAGCUGCAGCUUACCAACACCCAGACCCAGAUCAUAUCCCAGCUGCCUCAGGCCACUCAGCAGAGGCAGCAGCAAGCGGUGGUUAUGACACAGAGCUUCGCGGCCAGCCCCACGCAAGUGCACAUCACGCAGCCCACCUUACUCAACUACUCCCCGCAAGGCACGCUUACAGCUGUACCAGCGCAGCAGCAGAUACAGACGGUCGUGAGCACGCCCUCCCUCCAGCCCGUCACCCUUCAGCACCACCUACACAGCGUCACGCCCACUCACCAGUUCCUCACCACUUCCGCUAGCCCCACCGGCAUCUCACCUCAUGUGCAGCACGUCACUAUGACGCCCCAACACCUCACCAUGACCCCGCAGCAGGUCACCAUGACCCCACAGCACCUCACCGUGACCCCACACCAGGUCGCAAUGACUCCGCAGCAGUUCACCAUGACCCCACACCAGGUCACCAUGACCCCGCACCACCUGACCAUGACACCACAGCACGUGACAAUGGCGCCGCAUGUGCAGCAGCUGACCGUCUCGCCGCACAUGCACCAGACCAUCGCGCCGCAGUGGAGAUGUCAAAUCUCGUGUUCGCAGAUGCAGCAGGUGACGAUGGCACCCCAAGCGAUGUCGGUGAUGGUAUCCCCACAGCAAGUGCAGCAGGUCCACAACAUGCAGCAGGUCCACAACAUGCAGCAAGUGCAGCGUCUGGCUGUCAAUGCUGUCAGCAUGUCUCCACAGGUGCAGCAGGUGUCCUCUUUUACUAUGUUUCCACAGGUGUUACUGCAGCCCCAGAUCAUCAAAGCGGACUCUGUUCUACUGACGACGCUCAAGGCAGACCCUGGUACGGUGGUGGGCACCCCAAAGGGUCCUGGCAGUGGCGGCAGCGCAACAGCGCACGCCACACCUAUUCAGACGCUGAUGAGUGGAAACGCGAUCCUGACCACGAUGCCCAUGGUGGUGGAUGCGGACAAGCUGCCGAUCAACCGCCUGUCGGCGAGCAGCAAGCCCAUGGGGCUGCCCAACAAGGGGGAGAAGCGCACGGCGCACAACGCCAUCGAGAAGCGCUACCGCUCCUCCAUCAAUGACAAGAUCGUCGAGCUGAAGGACAUGAUCGCCGGCAGCGAGGGCAAGGUAACUAUCUCGGCGGGGCAGCUGAACAAGUCAUCGGUUCUCCGCAAGGCGAUCGAGUACAUCCGCUACCUGCAGCAGUCCAACCAGAAGCUCAAGCAGGAGAACCUUGUCCUCAAGAUGGCAGCGCAGAAAGGACACACCCUGAAGGAGCUGGUGGAUGUGGGAAUAACUCCCAUGGACACCCUGGAGGGGACGCCCCUGAGCAGCGAUCUCAAAGCGGAGCCCCUGGGGCUGCCCACACCACCCAACUCGGACGCCGGAAGCUCUCCCAACCGCAGCAACAGUCCCUUUUCGAGUGACUCGGAGCCAGACAGCCCCUACUACGACGACAGCAAGCUGCAGAUCAAGGAGGAGCCAGGCUCGCCCGGCGGGCUGACCAUGGUGGACCGCUCCCGCGUGCUACUCUGUGGCUUCCUGUUCCUGUGCCUCUCUGUCAACCCACUCGGAUUCCUGCUCCGUGCCACAGGGCUGGUGUCCAACCAGAUGCACUACCCAGGCCGCAGCAUUCUCUCAUUCAACGAUGGGCCCGAGAGCUGGUGGGACUGGCUGAUGCCAACAUUGCUGCUGUGGCUGGUGAAUGGGGUGCUGGCUCUGGCUGUCCUGGCGCGGAUUCUCGUGUACGGUGAACCGGUGAUGCGGCCACAUUCGCCUGCCGCACUGCUCUUCUGGAGGCAUCGGAAACAGGCCGACAUGGACCUAGCCAGGGGGGAGUUUGUCGCGGCUGCCGAGAACCUGCGUGUGAGCUUGAAAGCGGCGGGCCGUCCACUGCCGGCCUCGCCGCUCGAUCUCGCGUGUAGCCUGGGCUGGGGCCUGCUGCGGCACCUGCUGCAGCGUGCGGGACUGGGCCGCUGGCUGGCUUGCCGUGCCGGCUCGUUACGCGCCGACCCUGGGACCCGUGCCGACGCGUGCAAGGGCAUGCGCGACGUCGCACUCGUCUACCACAAGCUGCACCAGCUGCACAUGACGGGCAAGCUGGAGGAGGGCCACGCUUGGGCGGUGACCGUGGCGCUGAGCGCUGUCAACCUUGCAGAAUGCGCGGGCGAGACCCUCCCAGCCGACACGCUCGCCCAAGUCUAUGUCACGGCCGCCCUACGCAUCAAGACCAGCUUUCCGCUCCGCACGCACUUCCUGGCCCGAUACUUCCUGAGCGGUGCACGGCAGGUGUGCCUGAACCAGUCAGGCACAGUGCCACCUGCUAUGCAGUGGCUGUGCCACCCUCUGGGCCACCGCUUCUUUGUGGACGGUGGGUGGUGCGUUCGCAGCCAGCCCCUGCAAAGCUGCUACUCCACGUCGGCUAAUCUGGUGGACCCCCUGGCACAAGUGGCUCAGGCUUUCCGGGAACACCUGCUUGAGCGAGCGUUGGGAACCAUUUUCCGGCCAGGCGAUGGCGAGCAGGGUCCAUGCGAGCCUGGGGAGUUCUCAGAAGCACUGCAGUACCUGCAGCUGCUCACGGAGUGCGCCAAUGCCGCCGUCGUGACCAAGCAAACCUACGCCAUCGGCUCCAACAUGACCGCCGUCACGGGCAUGGAUCCGGUGGCCAAAUGGUGGGCAGCCGUGGUGAUGGUGGCCAUUCAUUGGGUGCGUGGUGACGACGAGGCGGCCGAGAGGCUCUACUCCGUUGCUGAAUGCCUCCCCUCCGAGCUGAAGCUGGCGCGGAGCCUGCUGCCGCAGGCAGUGCUGCUGGCCAUGCAGGCUUGCCGUGCCCUGCUCAUAGGCCGCAAGGACCACUGUGACGCCUGUCUGGCCAUGUGCGAGUGCGCUGGCGGCCUCCUGCGGGAUCACCUGGCUGUGGCUCUGCACUGCACGCAAGGGCCCAUCGACAAGGCCAUGGCUCUGCUUGUGUGCGACAUGCUGCUGAGUACACGUACGCACGCGUGGCAAAAGACGGCGAGCGCCCAGGCCGGUGCGGGCACCGCGCCGCCCGCGGAGAUCCGGGGCUUCCAGCAGGACCUGACAAGCUUGCGCCGCAUCGCGCAGGGCUUCCCGCCCGCGCAUAGGAAGAUGUUUUUGCACGAGGCCACCGCGAGACUGAUGGCGGGCGCCUGCCCAACUCGCACACAGCGUCUUCUCGACAACAGCUUGCGCCGGCGCGUCACUCCUGCCACCACCGCGAAAGAAAGCCGCGAGUGGGACAGCCAGCCCGGGCAACGCGAGCGCGCCUCCGCCCUGGUGAUGGCGUGCCGCUACCUGCCGCCCUCUUUCCUAUCCGCGCCGGGCGAGCGCGAGGCCAUGUUGGCCGAGGCCGCGCGUGCAAUGGAGAGCGCGGGGGACAAGCGCGGUCUGCGCGAGUGCCAGAAGCUGCUACUGCGGCUGGGCAGCGGGAGCACGCUUGCCAACUAGGCGCACCUUCACACGUGCCCUCUGCGCACACGGUUGAGCACCCCAAAAGCUGUCCACAAUUUCCACCUGUAAUACAACCAACUUGACCGGCCAUUCAACCUCAUACCCGGGUCCAACAGGAUUUACAAUGUCUCGCCGUGUCUUUUAGCUUUAAAACAUCGAGCUGGGCUCUCCUCGUGUUGUUCAGCACAAAUAGGUCAUGAUGCUUCGAGCGGUGAGUUUUGGCGGUGCAGCCUCCAGCAGAUUCAGAGGUGGCAAGGUGAAAGGACCGACAGAGCCAACUUGCGAGGGUGCAAGCGGAGAUGGAGGUGCCCAAAUAGCAGGUGACGCUUCGCGAGUGCUCCCGAGAUAAAUGCCGCAAAGCUAAGCCGAGGUUAUGGGUAAAAUGUGCCUCAGCUGUUUAGCUCCCAAGUGAUGGCCCGAUGCAUCUGCGCCAACUAUCGCCCCUCGACUACAACCACCCCGAUCACCUCCCAUUGGACCGGCCACUCUUGUGCUACCCCACACAAAGACAGAGCAGCAACAACGCCAUUCAUUAAGUGUUGAUGAAUGCCCAUUGCGAGUGUAUAUGUAGGCUACAGACAAACUACUGAAUUGAGUAAGCCACACAUCAACAUAUCCGUUACUGGCAGACUACCCAGCUGUGAAAUGGCGCAUUCGUGAUUGUCUUGUCCUUUCAGAAUGGCGCAAAUGUCUCAAAUAUACUAAUUAUUAAACCGGAAAUUUUCAACAGCCGCCAUUCGCCACUAAGUGGCGGUGACGUCACCACGACGCUUGUGCCAGGCCAUGUGCACCUUGAGGCCGCGUGAGGUGUCAAACGCCCGCUGGCAGGAGGUUACGGGGCACACCCAGGUGCCAAGAGUCGAAUUGUCAACACCUGCACUGCAUGCACCCAUGAUGUAGUUGCUGGUGCACCUUCACAGCCUUAGGUUUAGAGUGCACCUAUCCUGUCAGCAUUCCAAGCUGUGCUUACGAACUUACACCGUGACCGACGCUUUCUCCUCCUUAGCCGACAUGCCCUCACGCUGGGGACCAUGUAGGUUACUUGGAUGUAAAUAUGUAAAGAUUUACACCAUCGUGAGAUUAUCACCCCACCCCCAACACAAAGCAUUCACCUGACCAGGUGCAGCCAAGUGGGGCAUGCGAGCGGCGUAGCGUUUUGGUAGAAAUUUUAUUCAUAAAUGCAGUGUAAAAUAAAAACGCAGGACGGAGCAGCUGCCUUUAUGCACCCAGUUUUAACUUGGCAUUGUGAUUUAGGUGCUCAUGGUUAAACUUUGCAGCGGCUUUUCAUCGUACUUUUAAGUGAACGCUGUAUAGUAGGGAGGUUACAUUGAUGCACGUUGUUUGACAGUUUUGCCUCAGGUUUUAACUUAAAUAAUUUAAUUACUGGAGUACCAGCCAAUUUAGUUACGGAAAGUACAUGUGUUUUUCCUUGGAAUAUUUUAAUAGCGGGUUCUGAUUGGCUAUGCCUGGGCUCUUAAUGUGGGAAAACAGACGUGGACUUAAAAUUCACUGCACUUAGUUGUGUAGGUGCUGGAUUUGUGAAAUGUAGCACGAGCAAGACUUGGUUUAAAUUUAACCCUGAGUAUCCCCUUGUACUACAAAGCAGCCGACAACCUUUACUACAUUAUGAAAUUUUCCAGAUGUUUUUUUUUCCAAGGUGUGUUUAAAAAAAAGUUUGCAAUUCAACUAACAACAACAAAAAUAAGCUAUAACAAAAUGAAGGUUAAUUCUACUCGUUUAGAUGCGGUUAAUAGUACUUAUAGCUUUAACUGUAAAAUAUACAACUAGGUAAUUUUGUAUUGUAGAUUAGGGAACCUUUAUCAAAGAUUUAUUUUAUACUGCAGGUUCCUAGAUACAUAUUAGUAUGGUUGUUAGGUGAUGUGUAUGCGAGUUGUAGAUGGGUUUAGUAAUAUGUGAAUUUGUAUUAUGCUACCGUUUAUGACCCAUAGCCUUGACCCUUUUAGGCCGAGCGUGGCUCGUUCGCCAGGCAGGCACGCACGAAAGAGGAUUAGUUCAUGUAUCUAGGUAAUGAGGUCCCUGUAUGAGAUACAAGUUCACACGGAGCCCUUUGUCAAUCCACUGCUGAAUGAGUGCCCUUCCCCACACUUUAUUUUACCGAGCUUGACGCGUGGUCAUUGCUGGCUGAAGGCAGGGAGCACAGACACGAGAGUGUAGGAGUACGGCACGGAUAUCCUCGAUUUACAAAAAUGGGGUAGUGUUCCUUAAAAAAGCGCGUAAAAUGAAAUAUCCUGAAUCUGAACGGCUCUUCCCAUUAAUGCAAUUUAAAACAAUAGGGAUGUGUUUUGGACAGUCAAUCCAACUCUACUACUCGCCAAAAAUUAUACACCGUCUAUAUAACUUAAUACAAAAAUAAGGAAUGGAAACAUGAACGAUUGAUUAAUAAGUAAUAUCAAAUGACAACCUUUUAAGGGAAUUCAAAAGAUCUGCGUGUUGGAUUGACUGGCAAGCUGAUGGCUGUGGAGGCGUUGCUGUAGCGCUGUCGGGACACCGCAACGCUAUUGCGGAUGGAUCACGACGCAGCCUCCCGGGUGCUUGUGAAAUUUUGUGCAUCGAAAAGUAUCCGUAAUUGGUCAGUUUUGUUACCCCGAAUGUUCGCAAACCGAACGCUCGUAAAUCGAGGGAUACCUGUACAACGAUGGGUAUUGCUGCACUGCCCCUUGUCCACGUAGCCUCAUAGCUCCUAUGACAACUUGUUAAUUAUGCAUGGUGAUCUCCCAUCCAAUCUCCAAGCUCAAGUCUGCUGAGCUUCCAAGCUCUGAGGAGGUCAGGCACAUCAGGCCGAGUUGGUCACAUGUGAGAGAUGAUUCAUACACGCGUUGCCUCCUGCAGAAAAAAAAAUCUGCGUUAAGUUGGGUUUUUCUCCGAGUACGUGUUGUUCCCGGGAAAAGGUUCAACUAUAUCAAAGUUGUCAAAACUGCAGCAUUGUAUGUUUAUUUUGAAUAAAACAGGUCCAAUGGUUUAAAUUAAGUAUUUAAAUGAUUGGUCUCAUUGUACAGUCCAUGUGUAACAAAAGCAAAACCGCAAUUGCUUUUCGUAUAUAUUUGCUGUUGUGAAUUUCCUUUACUCUGAAAUGGUUUUUAACUUGCAAGAUUCAGUAAUUAAACAUAACCUUAAAAUGA